AUGUUGAAAGUGAAGACUUCUGACGACAAAUUGAUUGAAAUCGGCCACAAUGUGAUCCAAAGAUCGAAAACUCUCAGCGAUGUAUUUCACAACAGCAAAGGAGAUUCAAAUGCUAUAUAUUCAUUGGCAACAAUAAAUUCAAAUGCAGUCUAUCUCAUUAUCGAAUGGUGCGAACACCACAAAGAUGUUCCGAUUCCUGCCGAAGAACAGUGCGAGUGGGAAUUUACUGACUUCGACAAGAACUUUUUUGAAAGCCUGGUUGAUGGAGAAGCUUUCCAAGUCGUCACUGCUUCCUCUAUCUUGGAUAUGAAGAGUCUAAUGGGUGCUGGAUGUAAAUAUAUCGCUAAUUUGGCAAAAGGCAAAUCUCCGGAUGAAUUGAGACUCGUGUACGGAAUCCCAACUGAUUCAGAUGAUGACGAACAACAUUCUAUCAGGAUGCAGUAA